AACAUCCGGGUUAUUCGCGCUGAGCGCCGCUUCGGAGCAGCUGUUUUUCUUCCUUCACAUCCGUAUCAUUUCACAUUUUUACCCUUUACCCGGCUUCUCCGGCUUUAUUCGGAGAACUGACCCUUUUAUUUACGUUUCGACUGUCGAGCACGUAUGGUGGAUCUGGAUCUGACGCCUAAAAAGAGAGAAACCAAGCAAAAUAGCGCGGACGGACGGAGAGCCGCAGUGAGCCGAUGGUACAGCUGCAGCAGCGGUGAUGAGCAGUAGCAGCCACCCGUUACGCCCCCUGGGCUCCGUGUCGGAGAUCGAUCAUGUUGACCUGCUGUCUGAGCAGCUGGGGGCGCUCAUACCGGGGGAGGAGUACAGCGAUGUGACAUUUGUGGUGGAGCAGAAACGUUUUCCGGCACAUCGCGUCAUUCUGGCAGCACGUUGUCACUAUUUCAGAGCUCUGCUGUACGGUGGGAUGAAGGAGUCUCAGCCGCAGGCGGAGGUGUGUCUAGAGGAGACUCGAGCUGAAGCCUUCUCCAUGCUGCUGGGUUACAUCUACACGGGCCGGGUCAGCCUCAGUGCGGCUCGGGAGGAGGUCCUGCUGGACUUUCUGGGUUUAGCGCAUCGCUACGGCCUGCAGCUCUUGGAGGACUCCACUUCUGAGUUUCUGCGAACCAUCUUAAACACUCACAACGUGUGCCUGGUGUUCGACGUGGCCACUCUGUACGGUCUCAGCGCACUCAGCUCCGCCUGUUGUGCCUACAUGGACCGACAUGCCCCCGAGGUGCUGGCCUCAGAUGGCUUCCUCUCCCUCUCUAAGGCAGCUUUGCUGACAGUGGUCUGUCGGGAUUCCUUCGCAGCCAGCGAGAAAGAAAUCUUCCAGGCUUUGUGCCGUUGGUGUCGCCAGAAUGGAGAGGCAGAGGCCACGCAGGAGGUGAUGUCAAUGGUACGCCUGCCGCUCAUGACCCUGACGGAGAUGCUGAAUGUGGUACGACCCUCAGGGCUGGUCAGUCCUGACGAUCUACUGGAUGCCAUCAAGUUGCGUUCUGAAAGCAGAGACAUGGAUCUGAACUACCGCGGCAUGCUCAUUCCUGAGGAGAACAUUGCUACAAUGAAGUACGGAGCUCAGGUGGUGAAAGGUGAGUUGAAGUCGGCGCUACUGGAUGGAGACACUCAGAACUACGACCUGGACCACGGCUUCUCUCGACACCCCAUUGAAGAGGACGGCCGAGCGGGGAUCCAGGUGAAGCUCGGCCAGGCCUUCAUCAUCAACCACAUCCGCAUCCUUCUGUGGGAUCGGGACAGCAGGUCCUACUCAUAUUACAUAGAAGUGUCUAUGGAUGAGCUGGACUGGGUGCGAGUGGUGGAUCACUCAAAGUUCCUUUGCCGCUCCUGGCAGAAUCUCUACUUUCCUCCCCGAGUGUGCAGGUACGUGCGCAUUGUUGGAACACACAAUACUGUAAACAAGGUCUUCCAUCUUGUGGCCUUUGAGUGCAUGUUCACUCAGCAUCCCUUCACCCUGGAGAAAGGGCUUCUGGUGGCCACUGAGAAUGUGGCCACAGUUUCAGCGUGUGCGAGUGUGAUAGAGGGAGUGAGCCGCAGUCGGAACGCUCUGCUGAAUGGAGACACGCGCAACUAUGACUGGGACUCGGGCUACACCUGCCAUCAGCUGGGCUCUGGAGCCAUAGUCAUCCAGCUUGCGCAGCCUUACAUCAUCGAUUCUCUGCGCCUGCUGCUGUGGGACUGUGACGAGAGAUCCUACAGUUACUACAUCGAAGUUUCCACCGAUCAGCAGCACUGGAUUAAAGUAGUGGAUCGUACCAAAGUGGCAUGUCGAUCCUGGCAGACACUGAAGUUUGACAAGCAUGCAGCUUCUUUUGUUCGCAUAGUGGGAACUCACAAUACUGCCAACGAGGUUUUCCACUGUGUGCACUUUGAAUGUCCUGCUCAGCUGGACACUGAGGUAAAAGAAGGGAGUCCAGGGAAUUCCUGGCCUGAGGCGGGCACGUCCACUCAGCAGCUCCGGCCUCCACGUCCCGCCCGGUCACACAGCCUGCUGCCCUCCCAGACACCUUCGUCUUCAUCAUCCUCCUCCUCCUCCCCUGCACAGCACUAACUGCUGCACUGAAACGUUCAGUACUAUACAGAAGUCAGUCCUGUGCAAAAGACCAUUUGUUUAUUUCAUUUCCAGUCUAAAUGACUCGAGUACAGAUUUCAAAGUGAAAAAUUUUCAAGUGAUUUUUCAGAAAAACACAAACACCUGUGGAUGUUUUCAGAUCUGAAGCAGCUCGAUUUUCUCCUCUCUCUCAAAGAUGAAAGCUUCAAGUGCUGUUUAUCUGAUGAGGACGGUGUCUACCAGGUCUUCCAGGUGGUUGUUAGGAGUCACGUUUUCUCUGUAGCUUUCAAACAGUUUCUGAACAUUUGGAGACUCCUGUUUCUCCUUCAUAUGCAAGUGGAUUAUCUUAUGUCUAAUCUCAGAAAUCUCUCCUGAAAAAUGUCCUCAAAGGCCGUUUUGACUGGAAAUUAAAUGAACAAUGGGUGGUUUCUGGCUUUUGAAUAGUACCGUAGAUGUCCUGGAAGUGGCCUCGAGUUGCUGUGGAGAAACUAUACGCUGCUAACUUUUUUCACUAUGGAUGAAAGCAGCUCAGGUCUAUCUUUAUUUCUGGGCUGCGUAGCGCUUUAGGCUAAAUGACACAUUUGGUAAACAUCACAGUAUUUCCACAAAAAGGAGUUAUUGCUCUGUAGAAUAGCACUUAAGUGAUUCCUCCUGUAGGAUUUCAUACUGCAUUUUGCUGUUGUAACCGUUACCCAGCAAUGCUCAUCCACGUAUGAUUAGGAAUAAGCUCUGUUUAUGUAUGAUUAUGUUUAUCUGAUUGCAGGUCUUAUUUAUUAGUGUAUAUUGUGUUAUUUAGAUAUUUGUGAACGUGGUUUCUUUUGGAUUUUCAAUAUCUCUUAAAACAAAACAUGUUGUAUUUAUUCCGAUUUUCUUUGUUUUAUUGCUCAAAUUGCUGUAUUGGUUCUGAAUUCAGUACUUCAGUAUUUGCUUUAGAGAAAUCUUUAACUUUUUCCUUAAAGAUCCACUUGCACUUUGGGAAUUGAAGUGGGCUUAACCAAGUUAUGCAUUAGUAUUGAAGCCUUUCGGUACUGCUUAGAGCUCCAGUGCACUGCUCGCUGACACUGUAGUCGGCGUGUGAAUGGUAAUUGAAUGCCUACUUGUAGAACGUACUACUAUUAGAGAGUUAGCUGUAUCCUUUAUGUGCUUUCAGGGCUGAGCGUGCUGCGUCCUGCUGAGACUGACCCACUCGUACUGCGUCCGCGCUCUCUCGGUCUAAACUGGUCUUCCAUCCACCCAGUUCACUAUCGCUAUACUGUCCCCUUGCCGUUUGGUUCAUUCUUGUGAUACAUACAGUGUAAACUGGUUGGAUUAUUACAAGUAAACCUGGACGAUUUUACUCCAAAUUUUCCGUCUUAAGUCACACAUUCUCAAAUGGCUGAAGUCUUCAAAAUAUAAAUAUUUAAAUAUAAAAUGAAUAUUUAUAAAACGGUUGUAUGCAAAGGUUUGGGUGCCCCUGGUCAAGUGAUACGUUGACUUUCUGAGUGAAAGGUCUGCACGUUUUAAUGCACAAUUGAAUUCAACAUAUCGGAUAAGAAAUAAGACAUAAAGUGGCCUAAAACUCUUAGAGAUGGUGCAUUAAAAUGUGCAGAAAAAGGUUUGUAGGAUGUGUGAACAAAACUUGCUUGACUGGGGUGUUUAAGCUUUUGUAUAUAAUUUGCAAAAUAUAGUACUAAAUGUAGUAUGUAGUGCGAAAUAUAGAAAUAUAAAAAUAUAUUAUUAAAUCAAAUUAACUCUCAAAACAUGCUGAUGGCAAUUGAGGUUUUUUUCUUUUCCCUUGUGUCGCAUGACAUUGUUGUUGUUUUGGUCCACUUUGGUUAGAGUUUAAAAGGGAAGCUUUCGAGUUAAGCGGCUGAACAGUUAAGAGUAUUAUAAACUGCUUUAGUUCUAAUAAAAAUCAGCAAAGAAUGAUAUCAGUGUUGAGAAUUAGGGUAAAAAGUGCCAAAAACGUUAAACUACACAACUAACAAUAAUAAAUAAUGAAGACACUGCGAUGGUUUUAACCUAAAGUUAUAGCCAACUGAUGCAGUUAUCCACAAAAAUGUAUGUAGUGAAAACUGUUACUUCGAGAAGUUUGAACAUAAAGGUUGCAUAAACCUAGCUAAGGGCAAGGAGGACGUGUUAAAGGUAGUAUUGAAAUGGGCCUGAAAUUUGGGGUCGCGGUGGAUUUGGUGGGGUCUGACUGAUGCUUACAGGCCUUUUUCUUGCUUUCCUGUCCUCUUUUCUCCCCUCGUUUCUCUUUCUGUGUCAUUUUUAAGGAAGGCAUUAACUGUGUACACUUUUGCAGCACAGUCUGCAUGGUUCGUUUUCGGAGAAGCCUCCGAGUCUUUAGGUAGAUAUAAACUUUAUUAAUCUUGAAGGAAAUUGCAAAUCGCUUUUAAAGGCAUGCAUCCUCAUUUGUACCUGUGUUGAGUUGAAUAAAAGUCAUUUUUCAGAGUUAAAA